UUUGGCGCGAGAUCAUAAACGAUAAAUCCCAUUUUAUUUCACAAGCGAGCCCUAUCAUUUUAUUUUUGUUCACUCAAACUAAUUCGAAAUCGCAAUUUCACCAGCCUCUCGUCGUUUUCUCCCCGUCUCUUUCUCCGGGUAGGAAAGUCUCCAAUUUCAGACAAGCAUUUAAGUCCAGUGUUGAAUCUAAUGGAGUUAAGGAGCUCGACCCAUUUGCACUUUAUCCAGGCAAUUAAGGGUGGCUUAGUCGCAAAGUUCAUAAAUGUGGAUACCCAUGGGCGACCAACACUCAAAUUUAAGGAAAUCAAGGAAAUAUUGAAUUUAAGGGACGCCAUCUAUCAUAAUCAAGUUCCAAAAAUCCACCUAAGGGAUGACUUGGAGAGCUCGCCAACAAAAUGUUGUGUGGUCAAGGUGGAAGGCCCAGACUCACCUUUGGUGAGAGGUAUAAAAAUCAAAACUGAACCUGAAGCAUCUGAUUUUAACUGCAACAAUGACGGCGGGGGAGGAAAUAAUGACCUGGAUGAUCUUAGCUUUGGCAAUAUGACGCUGAAACAGAUUCAGAAGAAAUGCAAAACAAAGAAAAGGAAACGCUUGAACUCUGUUGGUUUAAAUGAGGAAACCGUGGAAACUUGGUCUAGUGCGAAAAAUGAAUUUCCUAACUGUCAGCACAAGGAUGAUGAAUAUGAUCUUGAGGAGCCUAUCAUCAGUUGGAAAUCUAAACUGUCCAACAAUAUGAAGAGUAAGAAGAAGUGUUUGAGGAAGAGAGUCUCUGCUUCAUCUCCUAAUGCCAUGUCUGCAGUUAAAUCUCAGCAGGUUAAUAGCGGUGAAGAUUUCCAGCAACCAAAUGGGAAUUGGCCUGCGCCUAUUGAUGUUAAAGUUGAGGUUCCUGAGUCUGGUUACUCGGGCCAAACCAUUUUCAGUGAUUCCUCUGUUUCUGACUUUAGUUGCAGUGAACAAGUGGAUUAUUUUGUUACCGUAUCUAAUGAGGUUCCUGAAACUACUAAUGUACAAAUUCUGGUGACUGAGGUGCCUAAUCCUACAAAAGAACCUCAAUACUGUUCUCUUAAUGAAGUGUCCUAUGAAUAUGUGGAAAAUCUUGAGUCCAAGUUUGAUGUGGGGGUUUCUGGUUGGGAAAUUAUUAAGGUAGACAGUCCAGAAAUAAUAAGCUACGAGUAUUCGGACUUAUCAGAAUUUAAGAAAGAAGAUUAUAUUAUCUAUUCCCUUCCCUAUGAUGUCUCCUCAGAACCCAUGUCUCCAACUAAGGAUUAUAGCUGUGACAUUCAUGAUAGCUGCCAAAGUAAUUCUACCAAUCAUGAGAUGCCAUGGCAGACAAGCAGUUAUAGUUUGAUUCAAGUUCCUGAGACAACCAUUGCUUGUGGUUUGGAAACAGGGGUCCCGUUGUAUCCCGUAGAAGAACCUGUCUGUCAUGUUUCGAAAGGGCUGUCCUAUGAUUAUAUGGAAGAUGUUGAUCGUAAAUUUGGUGCCAGGUUUUCUGGUUCGGAGAUUGUAAAGGUAGAUAGUCCAGAAACAAUCAGUUAUCAGUGUUCAGAUUCACCAGAAUUUGGAAGAGAAGGUACUGUCUACCUGCUACCCUAUGACAUUUCCUCAGAGUCAAUGUCUCCACCAAAGGAUCAUUGUCCUGAUUUCCAUGACAGCUUCAAAAGUAAUUCUUCUGAGCACAAGAUGGCUUGGCAGACAAGCACUUACGGCCAAAAUGAAGUGCCUGAGUUGGACAGUGAUAAUAGCCUCCAAUGCUCGGAAAAUAUCAAUGAAGGCAGUGGGUGCUUCUUUGAGAGUAGAACUACACAUGAUUGGCCUUCUAAUUUUAGAAACGUCGCCAUCAGCCCUUCCAGUGAAAACAGCUUGUAUUGGAGUUCAUCAUGCUUGAAUCAUGAGAAACAUUCAGUACCUGUUUCUGUUGAUUCUCCUUCAGCAGGGAAGCAAUCCCUGUCAUCUGCCUUCAGAGCAAUCAAUUCCUUUGAUGCUUCUGAUGAGCCUAAUGCAUCAGCAGGACCUCAAGAUUAUCAUCAAUUGAAGCAGCAGCAUCGUCCUGAAAGGCUUCUCUCAAGUAGAAAGGCCAUUUCUCCAACCUCUCAAGAGAGGCUUUGUCAGGCUAUGGAGUUAACUGGGUUGGAUGAUAAUGAGCGACACCAAUGUAGGGGGAAGCUGUAUUUUGGGAAGCAGACCAAUCAUAGGAUUUUAAGAGCUCAAGGGCUUGACCAGUUCAGGAGAGAUGGAGCCACUGUCAGCCCAAAGUCAAUCAUGAGAAAAGAAAAACAUAAUAAGAAAGGGUCACCCCCUAAGGGCAUUCUCAAGGUUACUCAUCCUUCACGUUCACCACGUGUUAGCACUGCAUCCUCCACUGUCCAACGAUUUUCACAAAGUGCAAUAGCAUUCUCACAGAGACAAAUGCGGGAUAUUGAAUCUUUAGCAACUAAACUCACAACAGAGUUGAAGUCUAUGAAAGACAUUGUGAAGGGGAAAUUGCACUCAGAAGCCUCUCCUGCCACUUCUGCAGAAGAAAAUGCUGAUGAGGUCAGAAAAGCCCUUGAAAAUGCAACAAAAGUUGAAGAAACUGCAAGAAAAUGGCUUUCUAUAAUGGCAAGAGACUGCAACCGAUUUUGUAAAAUCAUGAGAUCGACUGGGGAUAAUACUGCUGCCUCUGAACGUGUAAUCCACAAAGAAAGGAAGAUUACUUUUGCUGAUGAGGCUGGCGGAAAGCUUUGUCAUGUCAAGGUUUUUAAGGAUGACAUGUGCACGGCUUCUUUACUAGAGUGCGGCAGUGAAUAACAUCUUUGAACGGUACCCUUGUUCUGAAAUACCGAUCCAAUUCCACCUAGAAAUGAGGCAAAUACAGGGCGACGCCAUUGACGUAUGUGUUCUACAGUAUACAUGAGUGGAAUUGCUGUUACACGAGUUUCUUAUCAGCCCAAAACCAGAGAUUCGCAACUGCAGAAUGUAAGUAAAGGAAAAUGAUGAGGAAAUAGAGGACUGCACAUCUAACUUUAAGCCUUCGAGUUCUGGUUGUGGCGAGGGUGAUCUGUUGCCUUUCUUGAUCCUCAAGGCUACAUAUUCUGUCUCUACUGUUUGUUGUGUUCAUAUAUUUUCAUGAAUUUUGUAUUUAUUGUAUUAAGAGUGGAUAGAAAAGGAUACUUCUACGACCCUUUUUCCGGUCAAGAAGUCGGAACUCUUUGAACCUGGGGCGUUCUUAUUAGCUUCCUGCAGUCUGCUUCCUUCAUCAGCCUGGCUAGCCGGCUAACUGGAAACUGUUACUACUAAUUAAAACCAUUGCAACAUCAAUCUACCUCCAAAUUCCAGCCA